CAUUCGAUUUCCUCUCUUUCUCUUCCCCCCUUCGUCUUUGACUCCAUCUGGUAUCGAGUCUUACCGUGGACUACCUCCGUUCAACCUACCGAUUUCGCAAUUCCAACUGCCUUGAUGGCUGCUGUAUGUUCCACCUUUUUAUUUUUAUUUUUAUUUUUAUUUUUUUUUAAAUUUUUUUCUAUUAUUUUCUCCUUCCCUUCCCUUCCCUCUCUCCUCCUGCCUUGUUCCCCCUCCUUCCCCCCCUGCCCGUGGCUCCUCAUUUGGUGCAUCCGCGCCCUGCUCCACCUCUCUAAGUCACUAGUCAACCGCUGGGGUUUCAAUCACUCCUGCCUAUGUCUUGCUCCAAUCUCCUCUGCCCCAAGCCCAUACUACCUAAUGUUCUACUCCUCUUCCCUCUUUCUCUCUCUCCACUCUCCUUCCUUUCCACCCCCCCUCAAAAUUUCCCUCUUAUCGCCAUCGGCCAUGAUUCAUGCUAACAGUCGCCUUCCUUUCGCUUUUGGCACCUCUCUAGUGAGACCCCAUUUUCGGCUUCUCAAUGUGAUAUCCUUUCUUUAAAAAAAAUCAAUCUUACCACCACCACCACCACCACCACCACCACCAUCGUACCACUGCUGCCGCUUACUGCCCGUGAUUGCUGCAGCUAGCUAGCUAGCU